UGGAUAUAAUGAAGUGAACUAGUGAAGGAAGAGCAAGCCAACACAAAACAAAUCGAUGGGAAAUCAGUGGCUCAGAUCUGACAAGACAGUCCUGUAUAUCCAACUCCGAGUUUUUCUCUUACAAGCCCUGCAACCUUCUGCCUAUGGGUUUUAGGCUUCACCUCAAAUGGGGUUUGUCUGUCCAGCCCCCUUUCUCCUCCAACUCAUCCUCAUGGCCUUCUUCACAUUCUUUCAAAGGAUGGGAGGCUUUAUACGAUCCAGCUAGGUCUCUCAAACCUUUUAUCAAUGGGGACUGUGAACCUUCACAUAGUGAUCCUUUCAGAGUGCGGACUUGCUUGUCUGACCCCCAACUGUGGGCUAUUGAUACAUCGACGCAAAUUGGCAGAGGGUCACAUAGCAAUACAUAUGGAGAUAUUGGCAGUCAUAAAGCUGGGAUAUCACCUGAAGGGGAGAAACCAACAUAUUUAAACUCAACCAAAUCUCUUCAUUUUAGUUUACUUAUGAAAAAUCUUGAUCUGCUGGAAAACAUGUUUUCUGAUUCAGAGAUGUCAAGAUUAGAAAGAGAUAUUCUGGUGAAAAUAGAAAAGCUUGGAGCUUUAGAAUUCUUUCAUGCUUGUCUCUCAAGGACAAACCAUUCUUCUACUUCUCCUAAAGUGCUUGAAGUGCCAAGGGAGCUUAUUAAAGAAGCUGAGGAGAACGCCCUUGUUGGAAAUGGAAUGGAUAAAAUUGUUGUACGUUCUAGGAAAAAGCAAGAGCGCAAGUCGAGAAGAAAUGGAGCAUCCAGAAAUGCCAAUGACUUUAUUACAGUGCAGCCUCAUACCAAAAAUAUCCAGGAGGAUUUCCAACAGGCAAAGUUCCAUCCUGGGAAAAGAUCACAUGCCUCUAGAAAUAAAAGACAGAAAAUUGCUAAGAAUGAGGCAGAAAUGUCAAGAGGUGUUCAGUUGAUGGCAGAAUUGGAAAGAAUCAGGUCAAUCCUUGAAGAAGAAACUGGUCGAGUAGCCACUUUCAGCAGUUGGGCAGAAGCUGCUGGGCUUGAACAGAAGGAGUUGCAGCAGCGGUUGCAUUUUGGUUGGUAUUGCAGGGAUGAUCUUCUGAAAAGUACACGAUCCUUAGUCUUAUAUCUGGCAAGAAACUACAGGGGGCUAGGAGUGGCAUUUGGAGACUUAAUUCAGGCUGGAAACAUGGGUGUUCUACAAGGUGCGGUAAGAUUUGACCACACUAGGGGAUACAAAUUCUCAACUUACGUGCAGUAUUGGAUACGAAAAUCAUUAUCAAAAUUGGUGGCACAACAUGCUAGAGGGAUUCGAAUUCCCUUCACUAUAUGCAAAGUAAUAAAUCAAAUACAUAAAGCUCGAAAAACUCUCAGUAUGAGCCAUGGAAAAUUUCCAACUGAUGAUGAAAUUGCCAAGUUCACGGGUCUAUCCACAGCUAGGAUUGCAGUGGCUAGUAAAUGCCUGAGAGUUGUUGGUUCAAUUGAUCAGAAAGUUGGAGAUUGCAUCAGUGCAAACGUUUUGGAACUCACCCCGGAUAAAUCAAUUACAAGUGCAGAGGAAACUGUCAUGAGGCAAGACGUUGUAGAUAACAUAUAUGCUCUUUUAGAAAGCUUGGAUCCAAAAGAGCAGCAAGUAAUAUAUUUUAGGUUUGGUCUUGAAACCCACCAGCGCAAAUCCCUCGAGGAGAUUGGGCGGCUUUAUGGAGUUAGUAAAGAAUGGAUUAGGAGAAUAGAAAGAAGAGCUCUCACGAAAUUAAGAAGCACGGAUUAUUUCCAACAUUUAACUCAUUAUUCUAUGUAGUUCUAGACAUUGCAUAAACAUUUGUGGUUACCAGCUCGUAAACUUGAUCUCCGAGUAAAUUUUUCUUGUAUACUUUUUUGUAUAGACUAGUCAUAUAGUACCAUUGAAACCUUGUAUGUCUUGCAUAUUAUAAGUUUAAAGUUCGUUGAUUAUCAA